CCCUGCAGCCUCGCCGCCGCGCGCUCCCGCUCCCGACACCUGCACCAGCACCAAGAGAGCGUGUGUGUGUGUGUGUGGGCGUUCGCGCGCGUGCAUGUGUGUGUAUGAGUGUGUGUGAGGCAGUGUGCGGCGCGGUGCAGUGUGUGCGGUGCGGGGUUGUGUGUGUGCGGGGUCGGUGCGGUUCGGAUGCUCGAGCUGCGGAGGGAAACAGCCCGCGCGCCCUGAGGAGGAGGAGAGGAGCUCGCGCUGCACAAGUGAAGCUCCGCCGCGGUUCGGAGUCGGUUCCGUACAGACGGAUCAUCGGAUGUGAGUCGACUUUGACCUCUGGAAGCGAAGAUGAAGUUGCUAUGGAAACUGCUGCUGCUGCAGUCAUUCAUUGGCUGCCUCGCAGGGGACAGGGUCCUGCAGGGUCCUGUCUUCACUAAGCAGCCGGGCAGCAUCGUGUUCCCGGUGGAUUCUAUGGAGAAGAGCAGGGAGGUGGUGUUUAGUUGUGAAGCUCAAGGUCAACCCCCACCUUCUUACAGGUGGAAGCUGAACGGCACGGUGCUCAGUCCUAAACCCAGCUCUCACUACAGCCUGUCGGGAGGAAACCUGAGAAUCAGUCGUCUGAAUAAAGAGCAGGACGCCGGGGUCUACCAGUGUCUCGCCUCCAGCAGCUUCGGGACCAUCGUCAGCCGAGAGGCCAGCCUCACCUUCGCCUAUUUGGAGAACUUUAAGACUCAUCGGCGGAGUGCUGUGUCGGUGAGGGAGGGGCAGGGGGUGGUGCUUCUCUGUGGUCCGCCCCCUCAUUCAGGAGCGCUGACGUUCAGCUGGAUUUUUAAUGAGUUCCCGUCGUUUGUGAAGCAGGACGCUCGCAGGUUUGUGUCUCAGGAGACGGGGAACCUGUACAUCGCUAAAGUGGAGCCGUCCGAUGUGGGAAACUACACUUGUGUCGUGACCAAUACCGUCACAAAAACCCGCGUCCACGGCCCGCCCACUCCUCUGGUCCUGCGGACUGACGGAAUUAUGGGAGAAUAUGAGCCCAAGAUUGAAGUGCAGUUUCCCGAGGUGGUUCAGGUGGCGAAAGGAUCGACGGUGAAGUUAGAAUGUUUUGCUUUGGGCAAUCCGGCUCCGGCGAUUUCCUGGCGGCGGGUGGACGGGGUUCCCUUCGCUCGUAAGGUAGACAUGAGGAAGAUCAGCGGGGUGCUGGAGAUCCCGUACUUCCAGCAGGAGGACGGCGGGACGUACGAGUGCAUCGCCGAGAACCUGAAGGGAAGGAACUCUGUGCAGGGAAAGCUCUCCUUCUACGCUCCGCCGCAGCUGAUCGAGAAGCCGCAGGAUCUGCAGAAGGCGAUCGGGGACGCUGUGGUGUGGGAAUGCACCGCCACCGGAAAACCCAAACCCUCCUACAGGUGGAUGAAAAAUGGAGAAAAUCUGGAGGCUGAAGAGGAGAGGGUGCAGGUGGUUAAUGGCGCUCUGUCCAUCAGUCACUUGGUUCUCUCCGACGCUGGAAUUUACCAAUGUGUGGCCGGGAACAAGUACGGCGAGGUUUACUCCAACGCCGAGCUCAGAGUGAUCGCCGUGGCUCCAUCGUUCACCGGGAGUCAGCUGAGGGCUCAUACUCUGGUGAAGGAGGGGGGUGAUGUGCUGGUGGAGUGCAGGCCGAAGAUGUCUCCGUGGGGGAAAAUCUCCUGGAGGAAAGGCAGCGAGACUCUGAGAGAGAACAGCAGAAUCACUAUUCUGGAGAGCGGGAGCUUGCGGAUAUCCAAUGUUACAAAAUCAGACGCCGGGCUGUAUACCUGUGAGGCUCGCAACCAGUUCGGAGAAGACAGAAGUUCCGGGACUCUGAUGAUAAAAGAAGCGACAGUCAUCACCAGCCCUCCCUCCACCCUGGAUGUGACAGUGGGCGAAAGUAUCGUCCUGCCCUGCCAGGUCACCCAUGACCCCACCCUGGAGCUCAAGUUCACCUGGUUUUUUAACGAGCAGCUCAUCCAUUUCGGCACACACGGAGGAUACUUUGAGAAAGUUGGAGGGCAUUCAUCUGGCGACAUCAUGAUCCGAAACAUUCAGAUGAGGCAUGCUGGGAAAUACACGUGUGCCGUGCAGACCAAAGUGGACAGCAGUUCUAUUGCCACGGAUUUGAUCGUUAGAGGUCCUCCAGGUCCCCCCACCAGUAUCCAUGUGGAGGAUUUGACGGACAGCACGGCUUCUCUCUCCUGGAAACCUGGAUCAGAUAAUCACAGUCCGAUUACCGGCUACACCAUCCAGGCCAGAACCCCCUUCUCCCUCGGCUGGCAGGCCGUCACUACAGUGCCAGAGGAGGUGGGGGGCCGGCGACUGACGGCUACGGUAAUCGAGCUCAGCCCCUGGGUAGAGUACGAGUUCAGAGUGUUGGCAAGCAACGAGUUGGGCACAGGCGAGCCCAGCAAACCCUCCAAGCAAGCGAGGACAAAAGAAACACUUCCAAAGGUCACACCAGCUAACGUGAGCGGAGGAGGUGGAAGUCGAUCAGAGUUAGUUAUCACUUGGGAGCCCGUUCCUGAGGAGCUCCAGAAUGGUCCAGGCUUUGGUUAUGUUGUGGCUUUUCGGCCUUACGGUUCUACAGGCUGGAUGCAGGCGGCCGUGCCGUCACCCGAUGCUUCCAGAUACGUUUUCAAAAACGAAAGCAUUCAGCCUUUCUCCAAGUUCCAGGUGAAAGUUGGUGUCUACAACAAUAAGGGUGAAGGACCUUUUGGACGAGUAAUUACCAUCUACUCUGCUGAGGAGGAGCCUGGAAAAGCCCCUACCAGGGUCAGAGCCCAGAGCGUCUCAGCAUCAGAAGUGGAGGUGACGUGGAAGGCCCUUCCGUGGAGCAUGAGCCGGAGGCGCGUUCUUGGCUACGAGCUAAGAUACUGGGAAAUAAAGGAGAAAGAAGAAACGGCGAGCAUGCUAAGGACAGUGGGAAAUCGGACAGCAGCUAUUAUUCAGGGGUUAAGAGGGAGCAGCACAUACAAUAUAACUGUGAGAGCCUACAACACAGCUGGAACCGGACCAUCGAGUGCUCCCAUCAGUGUGACCACCAAAAAGCCUCCUCCCAGUCAGCCCCCUGUAAAGGUCAUGUGGAACACAUCCAACUCCAAGAUCAUCCUCAACUGGGAGCAAGUGAAAGCUCUGGAGAACGAAUCAGAGGUUAUGGGAUAUAAGGUUUUGUACAAACAGAAUCAGCACAGCCAGCCAAGAGUAAUGGAGACCAACACCACCUCAGUGGAGCUUUCUCUGCCUCAAGAUGAGGAGUACAUCAUCCAGAUUAAGCCUUUUGGAGAGGGAGGAGAGGGAAGCAGCAGCAGACAAAUCACCAUCCCCAGAGUAUCAGGUCCCAAUGCAAUCGGAUCUGCCUCCAGUGUGUCCACUCUGUCCGCCCUCAGUACAAUAGCCCUGUCCCUCACAGCCCGGACGUCCUUAUGACAAAGCGCAGUCCAGGCUCUCCAGCUCUAGACAAAACGCUUUCCUUCAUAGAAAGACUCUGAGAAAAGAGACUCAAAUGGAUCAAUGAAACCACCACCCAAUCAAGCCUGCUCAUAUUAUAGAAGAAAAAGGUCAAGAGGAUGGGUUCUGGUGAAAGGACAUACCGGAAUGAUACAAGGGGAUCUGUGGUUCAGCUGGCAAUUAAGAACAGGAUACCAGGAGCUGGAUCCUGAAUUUACUGUUACCAAAGCAGAUAAUACAUGAAAAAAUACUUAUUAGAAUAUGUCUUAUGCAUAUUUUGUGUCACGUCUAGCUUUCCAAACAGUUUAUUGUUUUUUUAUGUUGGGGGAGGGAAUGGGUUUGAUGCUAGUUGAUCAAAUGGCCUUUGCUGUGCUGAUAAAGUUGGGGAGUGUAGAGAUUUUUGUAGAUGCAUGUCAUUUACAAUGUUCUGUAGGGAAAUGCAGGAAUCCCAAUCCUUUAUUGUUUGAAGCAAGAUAAAUUAGCCUUUAGGUGUGGCUAUAAAACAAGGAAAGUGAAUUUGACUUGUAAACGUUCACUUUGAGUGGACCAUUGCACUGAAUGCAUUUCUGUGGGAAAAGAAUGAAGAACGUGACAGUCCAGAAUGGUGAUAAUCACUGAAGACUCUUCAAUGCAUCUUCAACGACUUCUUCCACAAACUUUGUUUCUCACACAGAAGAACCCGUGGGACUCUUUCUUGCUCUCACACUCUUGUUAUCUCAUUCUCUGCUUCUCUGUUCCGUUUGUAGCGUGUGCAGAGCUUCUCUUUGCCUUGUGUGUGCCUCAUCAUGUUUUUAAAAUCCUCAGGUCCUUGGAAAAAGCCUUAACUUAUCUCAUAUUUAUUAGUGCUAUCUCUAAGUGUACUACAUGCUCAAACACAGUGAGAGAUGGCAUGGCUUGCUUGGGUUUCCAGGUGGCGGGGGGUGAGGGGGUUGGCUGGAGGUACAUGCCAUCAUUUAUAGUCUAUUGCUUAUGUUUUUUCCAUCCUGUACCAGUGGUACACUGUUAUAUGUGGCGUAUAUGCUAAAGAAGGGCCCUGACCUGUAUUUAGAAAAGAUAUAGUUAAUCUGCUGCUGACCUUUCUGUUCUAUUUUCUUUAAUUGCCAUAAGGGACUGAAACCUUUUAAUGGAUGGUUUGUAAUCUAGUAAGGUGGAGGUUAGUAAAAUGUAGGUUUCUUCAAAAAGGGGUAAUUCUGAGACUUCAAUAAAGAAAAAAUUAAUAACAUGCUUUUUUAUAUUUUAAAUAAUUUAUAUUUAUGGGAAAAAAGGUUUCCUAGUUCUUGGUUUUUACCUGAUGAAAAGAAGAUAACCUGUUUAAUAUUGUGGCUCAGUGUCGCUCUGCAUGUUUGUGUAUUCUUCUCUGUCUCAGUUCAUUUGCUAUUGAUCGAAUGGCUUGCAGAAAUACAGUUGAUUAUUUUUUUAGAAGUGCGUCUUCCAUAACCAUCUCCCUCUUUCUCUCUCUCUCAUUCUCUCUCUCUCACUCUCUCUUUCAUUCUCUCUCUCUCUCUUUCUCUUUCUUUCUUUAUUUCUCUCUAUCUCUCUCUCUCUCUCUCUCUUUCUCUUUCUUUCUUUAUUUCUCUCUAUCUCUCUCUCUCUCUCUUUCUCUUUCUUUCAUUAUUUCUCUCUUUCUAUCUAUCUGAUGUACAGUAAACAUGUUUAUUAGGAACAAAGAGAUUUUCUUUUUUUUUCUGAAAUUAUUUGUAUGGGUAAAAAACAUUAUACAGCACAUCUCAUAAUUGGUCAGUUAUUAUUGCAAAUCAGUCCCAGAUCUAUCUAUCUAUCUGUCUAUCUAUCUAUCUAUCCAUCCAUCCAUCCAUCCAUCCAUCCAUCUGUUAGUCUAUCCGUCUGUGUGUCUAUCUAAUUUCUCCAUCAUCGUAAUGCACAUCAUAAAACCAUAGACUUUUUUGUUCUGAUGUUCUUCAUUGAUACCAGGUUCAAGAAUAAAAUGUUUUAAAAAUGAAUUUAUUUUAGUUUGCCUGUCUGUUGGAACUCAAUGUGGAUUUAAAGAGAACCCUGACUGUUAAAACAUGUAAGCCUCAAUACAAUUAUAACAUGUAAAAUACUUCAUUUCUUAUUAAAAAGAUACAAUAUCCUUCCAACAAUA